AUAGCGGUGUGAUGGUCGGUUUGACGUUGCAUCGUUUCGGAGCAGCAGCAACAAACAGGCAAAGAUUGCUGCGUCAUAAGUUCGCGCCAGCAACUCUCCUGCGCCUACGGAUUACGGCCCCGUCUCUACCGUAAUAGUAUUUGCUGUUAUUGGCUACGAUCACUGGCGAGACAAGCAGUCGAGUCUCUAUCGUCAGCUAAUGUUGUGUUGAUCUCGUUGGCGACUACUCGCGCCUCGACUGGGCUCAACGAACGAUAUAUGUGUUUGCCGUUGGCUCAAAAAUGUUGUUGUCGACAUCGACUCGUCUUCCUGUGUUAUUGUAGUUCGCCUGUACAUUCCGUCACGAGUGUUUCUUGCUUGAUAUUAUCUGUUCGUGUGUGUGUUGUCUCCUCACAGAAUCCGAGCGGGGCGAAAAGGGAAUUUAACAAGAUAUGCGGUGUAAAAAACAAUUACUGCUUUUACUAUCACUAGUACUACCACACUAAUCACAGCGGUAACGACAGACAGAAAACAGUAUCAGCGGGCUGUGCUCGUCAAGCUUCGCCUAUACUGGUAACCAACUCGUCUGUGGUAGCACCUCGAAGCUCGGAACGUUCAUCUGAAAAACUGACUGUUCCUUUUGCGAACGGUUCGAGAGCGUGCCCGUUCUGUAUGGUAUACUAACGAUAGUAACUACACUAUAGUGAAUUUUACUGAGCAGCAAAUACACUAAAACACUACGACUGAUAUCGAGUUCGAUUUAUUAACGGAAAUCACUGCUGACGGACACACACGACGAUCAAUAACCGUGUCAGAGUCCGCAAGGCAAUACUCGUGUUAUUAUUACUGUUCGUUCGAACACGUUUUGGGGUACCCCAUUGCUUACCCACAUAGAAGAAGCGUGGGGGGAAAUUUUUAACGUUGUGGUAGCGGUCAUCAGUGUCUGCCCGUGACUGCUAGAAAAAGUCAGCCAGUUAAUUUGCUGUUGCAGUGCAGUGGCGAAUCUUAGCUGGCCAGUCUGCUAAAUCCCUAGUAAGAAGGCAGUGUGUCUAAAUACGAGAGGUGUGUCAGGUGCUUUUGUGCUCGUAGAUUCAUCCCUAUUUACAGUGCAGACACAGAUUCGAGUGCUCCGAAGUUCGCGAUGCCUGCAGUCUAUAGAAAAGUGGCCAUUAUGGGCUACCGGAGUGUCGGCAAAUCUUCACUUGCGAUACAAUUUGUCGAAAAUCAAUUCGUUGACUCUUAUGAUCCAACCAUCGAAAACACUUUUGUGAAAACCGUAAAGUUUGAAGGAAAGGACGUUUCGCUGAAGAUCAUUGAUACGGCAGGACAGGAUGAAUUCUCAAUAUACCCGCCUGGCUAUACGAUGGACAUACACGGUUACGUUCUGGUCUAUUCCGUUACAUCGAAACAAUCGUUCGAAAUCGUCAAGAAGAUCUACCACAAGCUGUUGGAUCAGACAGGUCUGCCGCAGCUACCGGUUGUACUGGUCGGAAAUAAAAACGAUUUAAGAAACGAACGGGUGGUUAGCCACGAAGAGGGGCGCGAAUUGGCUCGAUACAUGAAAGGUGUCUUCCUUGAAGCGUCUGCGAAACAGAACGAUUGCGUACUCGAUAUCUUCACUCAAGUAAUUGGUCGAAUCAACGCCCUGUCAGUAACGCGAACCCCUCAAAGCAGCGAAGGUCGGACAACCUGUGUCAUAUGCUAACGUAGUUAAACGGUCGUCAGAGACCCAGUGGAGUACACAAACAUGGUGGACACAAUUGCGGGUCGAGGAUAGCACAGUUGUAACCAUUCUUCCAUUGUACAUGUUAUUACAGAAAUGUUGAACAUACGAUUAAAAGUAUAAUGAUAAUAAUAAUGGUUGAUAUAGAAGUAAAGAGGAAGAACAUACACCAAAAGCAACCGUUCAUAUAAAAAUGGGGUAUACUUGAAGACAGGAGGUUGGCUGGAGUGAUGUACCAAAACAUUUCACUUAUAGCGGCUGACACAACGAUCGAAGACGUAUUAGAGAUUAGUAAUAGGACAUUUUAAGGCACAAAUAAUAAAUCGAGUUGAAGUCUAAAAGCUGUGUUCCUCACCUCCAUGCCACUAGUUUUGCAGUCCCCACUGUAUAAGCCAUUCAAUGGAUGUUGUUCUCAAGUCGUUGUUAUUAUGAUUGUAAAUGCUACCGAGUACCGGGCUUAACCGCUGUUGAGCGAACGCUUGUUCAAAAAUACUAGUAUACAGUUCGUGCAAAUGACUGUUGGGUUUAAUGACUGGGAGGUCCCUAACGUGUUCAGUGUAGUUGGUAAAUGCCGCAUUACAUGUGCGUAUACUGCAUAUCUGGCCUCAAUCCCCCCUCCAAUAACACCCACGCAACUAGAAUCACUGAACCAAAUCUGACCAACUGUCCUUUAAGCGGUGUGGGACUUCGCGUAUCGCAGUUGUGUGCAGCGUAUAGCUCCCGCCAAUAUAGGGGCAGAGGCCACAGAAUAAGAAAACAAAUGGCGUCUAGUUCUAGCUUAUACCACUCAUUUUGAGAUAAGGCGGCUGUACCUUUAUUUUACGGCGCAAGCCAUUCUCUGGUUUAAAUGACUGAUCAGCACAAGACUCUUUCGAUAGGCUCCAAGAUCUGAGGAAGUGAUGUUGGUGUAAAGAAAUCUGCCAAGAUAGCGAAAAGUCAGUGGGAGUGAGGAAGUGAAGACGAUCUUUAAGCGGGCCAAGUGCUAGUUUAUGGUAGCAGUAAUCAUAGACGAUUUAAUAACGAAAUAAGAGAAAAUAGAUUAGUUAAUAAAAUAAAUAGGCUUGGAAAAAUUAAGUAAUGAAAAGAGUUAGACCGAAGUUAUAUAAUGUAUAAUGAUUAUAUUAGGGUGUGGUAUGGAGAAAGGAAAAAGGCGUAGACGUCUAGUGUCUCCAAGUUUUCAGUCACUAAGGGAGCUCCUAUAUUAUCAUUAAAGCGUUUGAAGGUCAGGGGAAAUCAUGUUUUUUUUGCAGAAUUCGUUAGCGACUAGGGCAUCCUCAAGAAUAACUGAGGGUAUAGGUGAACAUACAAUCGUAGGUAAUGAAUGAUAUGUAAAUGAAUGGAAUGGCAAGUACGUGGUGACCAUUCGCCAAUAGUAGUGAGAUCGAAAGUAGCCAUGAUUUAUCAAUAUUAUAACGUAACUAAGGUAUCGAAUGGAAAGAAAUCACCUAGUCUAUUCUAAUGCUGAGUUUAAAGAACACUUCUCGGGUAUAAAGGAGUGGGUAUAAAGAACACUUCUCGCAUAUCCCGAAAGUUGCAGCUUCCAGCACAUACUUAAUCAUGCCCUAAGGUAUCGUCAGUAACAUACUCUUUCCUAAUUAAUGUAUAAAGGAAGCUUAUGCGAUUAAACCAAUGAUACUGACUAAGUUAUGACAGCGUGUGUCUGCCACGUUGACGAUAAUCAAUCAUUAGGCAAGUGUGUUUAAAAGUAGAAACAGCAGAAAUUUCGCGUAGAGCAAGAUCAUUUCUCCGCACACAAAAAUUAUCUCAGUAGUUCAACGAAUAUCUCACUACAGAAUAGUAGAUCAAGCUUCAAUCAGACUUACUGCAAAUUAGAAUAAUUGUGGGGCGUGAGCAUUUACCAUGGAAAGAAGGGGUAUGGAGGUCCCAGUGCCGGACAAAACGACAGGUGCCGAUUAGCGUGAACAUAAUAAUAUAAGCCUCAAGGUAUCGAUUUUCGUUUUACGUUGAAAUUCAAAAAAAAAACGCGGCAACUCGGUGCAGGAUGAAUGGAUAUUUGAAAGCUGUAAAAAAACGUAGUGCAAAUACGGAAAAUGCAUGAUAUAUCAUGGGAAAGCUUACGCUGGUGGAAGAUUAUUCGUUGCGAUGAGUUAAUUGCAAUGUGCGUGAAAAAUUGCAAUACUUAUGCUGCGCAGGUCAAACGUGCGUGAAAGUGAUUGUCCCACAAAUCCUAUAGAUAGGGGAGUCUGGUGAGGAAAUCAUGUCAGUUUUUUUCAAGAGUAACCACAAGUCGAGAUCAAAGAUGACUGUAAGAACACAAUAUAGAAACCUUAGAGACAAAUAAGGUACAAUGUAUGUGUAUGCGUUCAUGACGGUCAGGGCCUAUUAAAUUUUACUGUUGCAAAGAUUUACAUCAUUGUUAAUAUGUAGAUGAAUCGAUGGUAUUAAUUAACUCAUCGACGGUACAUCUAUGUUCGAAUAGGAUGACGGAGGCAAAUAACAAUAGAUGAAAGAACACUCAGCUAGAUAUACUGAACCAGAAUAGAGUAAUAAAAAGAAUAGAGGAAAAAAGAAAAGAAGUUGACUCACGUGCACUCGCCUCCAUGCUAAUUCCUAUAUUCUCCUAUGCGUCAGAACCUUCUCCAUACCAUUCUCACCCGAUUAUUAUUGUAUGCACAUGCGAGUAUUCUGUUAGAUUAAUUAUGUAGUACAACAACGCAUGAAACAAACACACAAAUAGCUUACGUUUAGGCAAAGUGGUACGCACACACACAGACACAUGUCCUAAUACAUAAGCGUCAAUAUUAUAGCCGAUUUAUCUCCAUAAUUGAUACGUAACGACUUUGUUCCUUUUAUUAUAGCCGACCAUUUAUUAUUAUUAGUAUUGUUACAUAUUUCACGUGUUCCCGAGACCAGCGCCAAUUUCAUUACGAGAGCAGCGGGAUAGGUUGAACGGUCUAGGGCUAGCUAGAUUGGGAAACACGCUGUCUUUCGCAAGCUAGUGUGUGCGCAGUCAUGUGGAGCUAGUUCCCUAUUUUCACCCAUUGGCGUAGAAUUAAGUAGAGUGCUCAUUGCGAACAGCACUUGGGUUAUGCUCUGCGCCCGGCAUGAUAAAAUAUCGAUAAUUAAAGUCUCAAAGUUUUGCAGAAUAGUGCAGCUCUGAUUGCAAAAUAGACAAUCGAUGAACUAGUUGAGCAAGAAAAAACAGUUUAGUUUAUCAGCUGGUAAAACUGGGACAGUCCAGAAAAAAAAGAGUACUCUUUUUCAGAAGAAAGAGUAUUUCGAAAACGUUCUGUGUUGGCGACAUUUGCACAUCAUACCAAGCGACAAAUGUAGUUUGACGCUCUAAAUCCUGUUCUAGAACGCACUGGUUGCAUUAUUAUAAAUUAAGAUGCCAAUGGUUUUAUUGGACUUCUGGCGUCAGACAGGAGACCUUGUUGGCAUCCUCUAUCGAAAUGACAUGUUCAAAAGAGGCGUGAAACGAAUUAAUCAACUGUCUUGACGCGCCGCCAUUAUUCGCAAAGUUGCCGUUUAUGCAGGAUCGCUUACGCGCAAAUUUCUAUCUAAUCUACACACACUAUAUGUAUAUAUAUAUAUAUAUAUAUAUAUAUAUAUAUAUAUAUAUAUAUAUAUAUAUAUGCUAGUGUUACCGCGUUAGUCAUAUUCUUUAGUUGUAGUAAUGGUGGGAGAUACAAACGUUCUGUUGCGCUUCCCGUGUCUAGCCUAGUGGUACAGUAAUAACAAUUAAAUAAUAAAUAUAGUAUAAUAUUAUUAUCAAAUGCGUAGGGAAGAGCAUUAUGACGAGUGGAAAGUGAACAACAAAACGAAAAUCACCUGGAAAUCGUGCGAAACAGCAGAAAAAUAUUGGUUAUGUCUGUACGUGGGAAAACUUUGCGUUCAUGCUGAUGAUGAUGGAUGGGAUAAUGAUAGAAUGUGUGUGAAAGGUUAAAUUGAAUCGUUAUACGAAAUAGAAAAAGAGAAAUCAUUAUGAAACGGAGGAUGAUAAAUAGGAAAAUGAUGACAAUGAUCAUGGGGCUCCAGGACGUAAUGAUUUCUUCUUGAAUGAUUGUAAAGAGUGAAAGAAUGAUGAAGCGAAAUAAGACAAAAACAGACGCCGCACGAUGAAGUUACCGAGAAAGA